AUGACUACCCUCCAACAGCUUAGUGAUCAAGCAGACCGUCAGCUUGACACUCAGCUCACAAAGGCAAUUGUUGAAAGGCACAAGAUCAUCCGUGAGCUCAUUAGGCCUGACGGCUCAGAUAGUAAUGGAAGGACGAGUUUGCUGAACAAUUUGAGGAGAAUCUCACAAAAUUUAAAUCAGAGCUUGGGGUCAUUCAAGAUCAACAAGAUCAAGAAACUCCUUGAGGAGCUCACCGAGAAGGUUGCGGAGGGGAAAUCUAUGAAAAUCAUGAUCAUAGGCUUCAAGCUUUUCACUUCAUUGAAGAACAAGAAGAAGCAAAAGAUCUGGGUCCCUGUGUCCUUGGAUUCCAACUUCCCCAUCCACAUGACCAUGGGGCAAACCUGCUUUUCCAAGUUCCAAGAACUUGUGGCGGCUGCCUGCAACAAGAAUUUUGCCAAAACGGGACCAGUAAUUCUUAAAUCUAUUGAAGACCCCAAAACUAAGGCUUACUGGGUUGCCAGCAUCCCAUGUGUUGAAGACUGGAAGAAGUCCAACAAUCAUUGGCUCAUUAAUCCGGAGAACUAUAAAUGCUGGCUUGAAUCUGCUUUUGAUUCAAAGCGUAAGGUUGUCAAUGUGACUGUUAAGAUGCCCAACCCCGCGGAUGCCAAGAAGCAGGCCCUCAAAGAAGACCUCCUUGCAAAGCAAGAGGCUUAA